AUGGCUUCAAUUCAAAAUUUCUUCCUCACUCUUUUACUUUCAGUCUUUCUCUCUCUUCCUCUUUCUCACUCCUCCAUCCAUGACCUCCUCAUAUACAGAGGGUUACCAGCAGGCCUCUACCCGAAGGACAUAAAGUCCUACACCGUUUCAGAAUCUGGAUUUCUUGAAGUGUUUCUUGAAUGGCCAUGCUUGACCAAAUUCGAUACCAUGGCUUUGUAUGAUAGGGUUGUGAGGGCAAAUCUUACAUAUGGCAAUCUUACUGGAGUUGAAGGGCUUUCACAAGAAGAGUUUUUUCUAUGGCUUCCGGUCAAAGAAAUCAUUGUAAAUGAUCCCACUUGA